AUGCUGAAGUUGGUGAACAAAGUGGACGGUCGCUGGGAUAUUGCUCUGCUGGCAGGACUUGUCAGCUUCUUUGGCAUAACUACGAACCGAAACUCGGGAUGGUUCUUUGUCGCCUUUAUGGAAGACUUCAAGGUGGACCGAGGAAGCGCCUCUUGGCCCAGCAGCGUAUUGGCCAUCAUGUUUCGAUCGUCAGGUCUUUUUGUCGCAGUCCUGCAGAGAUAUACGUCCCUCUACCACAUCGGCCUCAUCGGAAGUAUUCUCCUGUGGGUCGGCAUCUUAGCCUCAGCGUGGUCCCCAAACAUUGCUACCAUUACCAUUACCCUUGGUUUCAUCCAUGGUUUUGGAGCUGGCAUUGUCUUGAUGUGCAACCUGGUGGAAAUAAUGCAGUACUUCCAAAAGUAUAGAGAUAUCGCUUCCGGCAUCAAGUUUGCUGCUGACCCCAUGAGCGCCAUUGUUUUCCCGGCGUUGCUGUCCUAUCUGAGAGCGACGUAUGGCCUACGGGGUGCUUUGCUGAUAUACGCAGCCCUCAGCAUGCACGUGAUGGCAUUCUCCAUUGUCCUCAAAGAGCCUCAAUGGUUGAAACGGGACAGAAUGGAGUCACCGGUUUCCAGAUAUCCACAGAAAGAGGCACGGCCCGUUCAGAGUAGCAAAGCCGUGAAGAUUUGUCAUAUGCUUCGACAAAUGCCACAUCCACUGCUGAAGCCCAGUUUCUAUGCUGUUGUGACGGGAUCCGUGUUGUUAGAUUACGUCAAUGCCGUGCACCUUUCAACGUUAGUCGACUACGCUCUGGACAGCGGUGUUUCUCGUGCACAUGCUGAGCUUACAGUCACUUACGCUUCAGCGCCUGAGAUCCUUGGAAGAGUUCUACUACCACUAGUAGCAGAUGUGGGACUAGUGAGGCGAACCACCUUGACGGCUGGUAACGCAUUCGUCUUGGGCUGCUUGCUUCUCUUGACACCUCAGACCAGCAGUGCGACACACGUAGUUGUGCGUGCAGCGUCUUCAGUUGCUCUGGCUACCCUAAUGACAAUGAAACACGUGCUGGUGGCAGACUAUUACGGCACGGAUGCCGUGGCUCUCCUGUCCGGUGCUUCUGGAGUCCUUCUGGUUCCCGUGCUGCUGACCAACCCAUCUAUCAUAGGCAAGGGGACGCGUACUUUCACACUAGAAUGA